UAAACUUCUCUUGGAAAAAUCCAUCGAAAAUCAAUAGCGAUGCCAAAGGAUGAAGACGGCGGCGCACCGAAACCAGAUGGUCUCGAGAUCAUCUCGAUCGGAUCUCUGUACAGAGGUCCUUGGGAGAAGAAGUACUGGAGCUCCUCUAGGGGUAAAGAUCGAUAUCCUUAUCCUGUGGGUUACCAGGCUGUCCGGGCUCAUAAUGGGAGCACAUAUAAGAUGGAAAUUCUUGAAGGUUCUAAAGGGCCUUUGUUCAGGAUAACUUCUGAUGGGCAUUCAUGUUCUGGACAAACUCCAGAUAUUUCAUGGGAGAAAUUUCAGAAGACUGGUUGCCCAAGUUUGAAGAUAUGGCAUGGAAAGAGAUUUUCUUGCAAGAUAGAUGGUGUAGAGUUCUUUGGGUUCAAAAAUCCAUUUGUUCAAAGGUUAUUUCGGGAAUUGGUGACAAAUGUCAAUGGAACAGCAGAAGUUAAUUUGUUAUCUUCCAGCUUCUGCAAUGGGGCCUCUGCAUUAGAGUGUGGCAAUCUAUUUGAAAAAUCAAGCACAUAUCCUGACUUACAAUCACAGCUGUUCAGGCUAAAAGUUAAAAAGAAGAGGAGUGCAAGACAUGAAAGCAUAAAGAGACAGUCAGUGAAUGAGGCCAGCCCUAAAAGACCCCGACCAGAUAAUUACAACGAUGAAGCUUCAAAUUCCCUACAACUGAAACAGAGUGAUAAAGUUUCAGUUUCGAAGAACAAUUCUGCUUUGGAAGGAGAGCUUAAUGAUCUUCCAAGAGCUUUGUCAGCAUCGGUGCUCUUGCAUCCUGUUGAGCAAGACAAUAAUCGUGUUUCAGCCAUAGAAGAUUUAAAAUUGACAUCUGUCAAUUUCUCAAACCACCCCAGUGAAAGAGCUGUACGUGCACGAUUGGAUGGUAAGCUUUUUGGUACAGAAAGUCCCAUUCCUACCAGAGCAUCUAAAGGUUCAUCCAAAGAGCUUGAUAGGUCAGAAAAAGCAGAUCCAGAAACCGUAAGUUUUCCAGUUGAAACAGUAGAGAAAGCUGGCAAUUCACCUGUUCCAAAGGACUCUCUAGAAAUCAACGAAGUACAACUUUGUGUGCCUGAUACUUUGGAUUUGACGCAAGAUGAUCCUACAAAUCUUGCUUCAAGUGCUAGUGAGAAGGAGAAAAGUUCUCAGGGCAUUAAGGAAGAUUUAACUGCUGCUGACAAGGUUAUUUCUGAUGGAUUGGUUAUCAAAUCUAAUGAAGAAAAAGAAAUAGACACAUCCAAUUCAAAUACAAGUUUUGAAAAGAGUGAUUUGGAUUCAGUUGGUCUAGAGGUUGCUAAGUCAAUGAUGGCAAUUUUACUUCCACAAGCCAUUCCUUUUCUUGAAGAGGCCUCAAGGAAGCAAAAGGAAGUGGUUCGCCCUUCUAGAGGAUCACCGUGUGCAAUUAAUUCUGAGCAUGAUGAUGUUGAACAUAGGAUGAAAGUGGAUACGUUGUCUUCUUGUACAGUCCCAUUCCCAACUGAGAAUCUGGAGCAUGAGAAAAUGCACAUUCAAAUUUCAGAUCCCUGUUCUAUUGCGCCAUAUCUUGAACAUAAAAACUCCUUUAUUCCUGACAGUUUUGAGGAUGAUCAGUAUGAGGGACAUUUGGAUAACCAUAAAAUAUUUGUUUCAAAUACUUUGGAGGCUGAUCAAGAAACUUCAGUUUGUCACAAUGAGGUCAGUCGGAAUGAAGAUGCUCCCUCCCCCAAUGAACUAAACAUUGUUCUAAAUAAAAGGCCUGAGGAGAAUGGCAAGAAUUUAUCUGAGACUGUUAUAUGGUGUGCAUCUCCUAGCAAGAAAGCUCUCCCCAAAAAUGUUCAGGGUGUUUGUGCAGAUUCUGAGGAAAACUCAGCAAGGAUGGAAACCCAUUCAAUUGAGAAGCCAGAGAAAGCAUGUAAUAAUGUUGAAGGGAAUAUUGUGAAAGUAUUAGUCACAGAUACCAAUGCUGAAAGUGGGACUGAUGAGAAUAAUGUUUCAACUCAAGUCCAGAAUAAAGUAUAUACCAGGAAGAAAGUCUCAAAGAAAACUUCUUCAGCACAAAUUGAGAAGUACUGUGGGCAUCCCUCUCAAACUAUCAGAUACCCAAAUUCCCAAGAUGCUUGUGUCCCUAAAACUUGUCAUGGUUUUCAGGUCAAGGAAGCUACUUUGAAUUGUGCAUCAAGCAAUGUCAGACCUAUGAUUGCACCAAAUCAAGAUCUGAUUUGCACCUUCCAAAGCAAGCUUAAAUCAGACUUCUUGAAUCCACCUAUUUCAUUCCUAGAUGAACAGCAUGCCCAUUAUGACAAUGAGGUACAUGGGCAAAAGAGUACUGUAGAAUAUAACACUUCUGCAUCCUCUAAUCAGGAGACAAGUUUUUGUGACAUGAACACAUCAAAAUGUGAGGUUAACAGUGAACUAGAGGGCAGCAUUCAUCUUGUGGGUUGCUAUGUCCACCCUAAGCCUGUUUUGUCAAUAUUGUUGAGCACAAAAGGUAAUGAAAUCUCCAUUUGUGCUUCAUGUGGUCUACUAGCAGAAAAAGAGAGAACCUUCUUUAUCUACAGGAUUGCUACUGAGGAAGCAACAACUGGAUGCCCUUCUUUUGUUGGUUACACACCAGUGACAUUGCCACUUUCAGAAGAUAACUUUGGUAGAGAAAUUUCAGUAGAAAAGUGUGGCUUACAGUUCACUCUGGAUGGGCAGUAUCUUGUUUUACUUGACAGCUUCAGAACACCUCAUUGCAGGGAAGGGAGAACAGAUUGCAUCUGCUCAAGGUGUACAUCAAAUUGCUUUGAGGAGAAUGCGGUGAAAAUUGUGCAAGUGAAGCCUGGUUUUGUCUCUUUGAUGGCAAAAUUGACAACAGCUGACAUUGUUUGGCUGAUUGCAGCUAAUAUUGGUUUCAAUAUCUUUGAGUUUGCUAAAACUGAAGAAUAUGUUAUACCAGCUAAUGAUUGCAUUUUCCCUUGCAUAGUGGAGUUGAAGAGAAUCCCGAAGUGUACUCUAGUUGUUAGUCACAAUGGUUUUGGGGAAUUUAGCAUGUGGGACAUUCUGAAUCGGGUCAUCAUCUCAACAUUUUCUGCCUCAGGCAAUUCAAUCAGUCAAUUCUUACCAAUCGGUUUAAUUACUUGGAACCCUGUUUCUCUCAAUGCUGAUAUGAAGGAGCAUAUUGAUGAAAUUAUGGCUGUGACAAAAGCUAGGGUUUCUAAGAAUACAGAUAACUGUUGCUUACUUCCAUCAGAGAAAGAUGUUGCCGUCUGGCUUCUUGUCUCAAACUUCUCUGAUUCUGGUGCUUCAUACGAACAUAUAUCAGGCCAUUGCCAAGCAAAUCCAGUCAAAUGGUGGAGGCUAGCCCUUCUAGUGAAGGAUAUGGUGAUCUUAGGAAGUACACUGGAUCCCAGUGCUGCUACAGUUGGUGCAUCAGCUGGUCAGGGGAUCAUGGGCACGCAUGAUGGACAUGUGUAUAUGUGGGAAUUGUCUACAGGAACAAAACUUGGUAUUCUGCAUCAUUUCAAAGGUUGCUGCGUUUCAUGUAUUGCUACUGAUGAUACAACGCCAGGUGUUCUUGCAGUAGGUGCUGAUGAUGGUCAGUUGCUGGUUUAUCUACAACAAUCAAGAUGAUAUUGAGCAAAGUGCAAGGAAGCCUAACAAGUUAUCUUGCUUUCUUCAAAUAAUAUACGUAGAUGAUGGACCUGGGUAGUGCCGAUCAAUCUCUAAACAUUUUGCAUUUGUCUUCUUGGAAUACGGAUAUGGUCCAUAAGUAUAAUCAAUAAAACUGAUGGUUCAUUCAAUUUUUUAGGUAUAUAUUGUAAAUGCAAGGUAUAGUUGAGAGUCACUUCAUAAGAAACUUUUUUGGAUCUGAUGAUGGUUUUAUUUGAACAUAUUUUCACGUAGCACAACUAAGAUCGAGUUAAGACGAGUUUGUCUAUACCAGAAAGGCCGAAACCUAGUCCUGCUCCAAUUUCUGGACAAGUUUUGUAUUUUCUUAUUGUGCAUUUCAGUUGCGUACCCAGGCUUGGCUUCCAAACUCAAGUUUGCCACAUUGAGUGUGAGGGUUGAUGUCGGUAAUAUUAUCAUU